GCGAUAAAUCACAAUCACAAUUGCGUGACCAUCGGAUGUAGGGCACGCACGUGGCUGCGCCGAGUCAGCCACCACCCAAUGUCUACACGUUCACGUCGCGAAGAGGACGCGAAUCAAGCAUACGAUAUUCAAGUCAAGGCCGGAGUGCAAGGAGCUGCGAGGGCAUCUGCUGUCGGAAUCGGCCUGACUAUCAUUCUCCAUUACACUUGGCCAACAUUCCGGCGACUAAGAACACCGUUCAAGGCUUUCGUUGUGUCGGGCUUCGCGAUGGCUGGCCUGACGUUCGGUGCCGAACGUGCUCUAUUAGCUCAUGAGUCCAAAAGACGAGAGGAGGAGAACGCAUUACGAAGACAGGCCCGCCUUGAAUUGGCUCAGCGUGGAAUCAUCCCUACGGAAACUGAAAUCACGAAAUGGAGAGUGGAAAGAGAGCAACAGAUGUCAGCGUUGAAUGAAGGUUAGCUUAGUGACUCUCCAUCUCGUCGAUCCGUUGGGUCUAAAAGGUCUUAACUGACCUGUGUCUACCCGGUCUCCCGAUAGUUAAGCUUCGUGGUGACAUCCGUGGACAAUAGCAUGACCACUCACACGAUGAAAGCCAGUCUAUCACAUUUAUCCCACAAAUUUAUAUGUUAUAAUCAUCUAGU